AUGGCCAAACAGCUGGGGUUAAUGUUCCUUUUCUUGUUCUCAUGGGUGCAAUGCUGGGUGGCAAUUUCGAGGAACAUCGAGGCUAUAGCCGCCGGAGAAGAGGGCAUCGACUUUGACAUUAAAUUCACGGCGUCCUUGCUGGUGCUGCUCUCUGGUGUGUGCAUCACAAACAUCCGUGGCUUCUUUGCUUUCCGAAAAAGGAAGCAAUUCCUUGAGGCGGGGCUCGCCAUUGUUGAUUUGGACUCUCCUUACGUCGUCGGUACCAGGUGGAGACGCAUCCUCCGCGGCGAGACAGUCGAGGAGUGGGAGACUCUGCGCCGGCGGAAUGCUUUGUGGCGCUCACUACCUCUCGCGUGCCUGAAGGUUUUUUUGGUGGUCCGCAUCUUCAGCGAAAUUCCUGGCUGCCAGAUUUGUCUUUUACCAACGGUAUUCAUCGCCAAUCUUGCUGCUCAUCCCCAGAAAGGCCACGCUCCGAUUCCGAAAUCACGAGUUGCUACGGACUUCGGCAAGAACUGGGAGGAGCUGGCUCUCGUGAUCAAUGGAAAGAUACUGGAUGCUGAGGCUGCAGUGGUGGCUGAGAAACUCCCUUCGGACCUUCUUCCACGAGCACAGCGCACAGCUGACGGCCUUUGGAAAGCAUGGCAUUGUUCAGACUCAGAGUGGUCCCCAGAGGACAUGGACGAGAUGGCAGCAAGGCGGGACUUCUAUUGGCCAACGGUCAAUACCAGGGCCGAGGACAGCCGCCUCCCCUCCGGACAGCUUGGAAGUGGUGGAAUGAGUGAACUCAAUGAACGCUUUAAUGGCUUGCUUUUUUCUGCACUGUCGGCAGAUGAGCGGCUUGGUCCAAAGGCGGACGAGCUGCUGCGCAAAAGCUACCCUCUUAAAGCCUUUGCACUUCGUGUUGCGCGCCGCAUGGUGCCGCAGGAAACUCUCAUACGGAUGUUGUUGGAUCGUUUCCGGGCCGAGCAGAUGCGCAGCCUGGAGAGGAUGGAGAAACGACGCCGCUCAAGUUUCAACGCUCCCAGGCAAACGCGCCCUGGCUUUUUGUGGGCGCUGGUGUCUACGGUGUUGCUGAUGCUGAACGCAUCUCGACCAGUCUCAGAGGCAUUAUGCAAGGAACAUAAUUUGGGCAUGGGGACUUCCCUGGCUCUGACUCUGCACGGUGCCUUGGACGUGACCUUGUUGGUAGCGACACUGGUCCUUGCCAGCGCAGCAGGUCCGGCGGACAAAACCGGCAAUGCGAUUCAUUUUUUUGGGCGUCAAGCGCACCAACUUCUGUUCCGCUUGCUGGAAACGCUUGCCCCCGAAGACCUCGGUGAGGAAGCGCGAUUCCAAGGCCGUCUCUCUGAGGUCCUUGGCAGCUUUUGGUCAAUGCAUGGCAGCAAAAUCCUAGAGCAAAUUCACGGCGAAGUCAUACCAGCAGUGCGAAUUGCACCGUUUGACCUCGCCAAGAUCGCUCUGGGCAUCCUGAUCUUCAUGGGUGCUUGCUCCAUGCUCGCUUUUUUGUUUGCCCCGAGCAAGCCACAAGUUCCGCGGACUGCAAUGCUCGACGUUGGCAUAACGGGUCCACUUCGAUUGCUGAUUGGUGUCGGUGCAAACGACCUGGGCAAGUUUGCCAUCGCGUUGCCUAUCCAGAUCAUUCUGAGGGGACUCCUGUGCACCUCCACAGUGGCCUUGUUGUGGUACCAGGCCAACCCUGAGCACAUCCGGACAUGGUAUGCCAUGGUCUUCAAUGACAAAGUGGAAAAUUGCAGAAUCUUACGCAGCUAUGCUGCCCUGGCUUCUGUUCAUUGCCUAUCUGGCUUCGUAGCAUACUACCUGGUCUGUGCGGCAGCUAAUUCCGAGCAUGCAGGCAGCUCGCGCUUAGCUUUGCCGGGACCGUCUGGACCUCCGGGAACAGCUGAGCGCAUGCCCUUCGACUCGCGACGCGGGCAUGGAGUGCAGUGGCCCCCUGGCCAGUGGCCCCGUGGCUACGGAGCCGUGACUAGGCCGUAG